AUGGCUAGUUGUAUCAUUAUUUCCAACUGGUAUAUUUUCUUGUUUAGUGUUUUUUAUAUCAACUUACUAUGUUGUACUUGUACAUCUAAAAUUAGUCAAGGGGAAAUUUUAAGAGAUGGUGAUAUGUUAAUUUCUCCAAAAAGGAAAUUUAAUUUGGGAUUUUUUAGUCCAAAUGCUUCUAAUAAUCAAAGGUUUGUUGGUAUAUGGUAUGUUGAUGGUCCAAAAAAUUCAUUUGUUUGGAUUGCAAACAGAGAUAAACCAAUUUUUGAUAAAAAUGGUGUUUUUACUAUUGAGAAAAAUGGGAAUUUAGUGGUGAAAAAUGGUCGUGGCGAUUUAAUGUGGACGAAUAAUGUUACUGCAAUGAAUAAUAAUUGUACAGCACAUCUUUCUGAUAAUGGAAAUCUUAGGAUGUUUAAUGGCAAUAACAAGGAGUUGUGGCAGAGUUUUCAGCAUCCUACAGAUACAUUUUUACCAGAAAUGAGAUUUUAUUUGGAUGAAGUUUUGAGGUCAUGGACUAGUGAAAGUGAUCCUUCACCUGGACGGUACUCAUUAGGAGUAAAUACUCGUGGAUCACCACAAAUUGUGAUCUUGGAUGGAGAGAAGAGACGUUGGCGGAGUGGAUACUGGGAUGGACGCAUAUUCACAGGAGUUACAGAUAUGAAGCCCGAGUAUCUACAUGGUUUCAAGCUUUACAAUGAAGGAGAUAAGUUAUACUUCACUUACACUGUUGCAGAUUCUUCUGAUUUGGUGAGGUUCCAUAUUAGUCCAACCGGAUACGAGCUGGAACAAAGGUGGGAUAAAGAUAACGAAAACUGGAGUAUAAUACAGUCUCAUCCAUCAGGUGAUUGUGACUUGUAUAACUUAUGUGGGAAUUUCGCGAAAUGUGAUGUCACAUAUUUGAAAAAAUGCAUUUGUUUAGUUGGAUUUGUACCGAAAAAUUUGGGGCAAUGGAAUGCGAGGAACUGGUCAGAAGGGUGUGUUAGGAGGAAAGAACUGGAAUGCAGAGGAAAUAACAGUGUCGUGAAGAGUGUUAGUGGAAAGAAGGACGGAUUCUUUGAGAUUGAGAAAAUCAAGUUGCCGGAUUUUGCUGAUACUGCAUAUUUACAAAAUAUCGAUGAGUGUCGAAGCAUGUGCCUUGAAAAUUGUUCAUGUACUGCUUAUGCUUUUGUUAGCGGAAUCAAUUGCAUGAUGUGGAGUGGAGAUUUAGUCGAUAUGCAGCAGUUUCAGGAAGGCGGAAACACUCUCCAUGUUCGCCUUGCUAAUUCUGAAUUUGGUAAAAAUGUCUGGAAGCAACAAGACAGUCAAAAUUGUGGUAAUAUCCGUUAUGGUAGCCGGGGCUUUUCUUUGUCCAAUAGGAUCAACCAAAUGGAGACAAGCGAUCCAACUAGGAGCGGAGAGUUUUCUAUGAACACAUCAGGAGCAGGAGACUUGAGUAUUGAAGGACAUCAAGGAAGUGGUUCAGAACUUAUAUUCUUCAGUUUCAGUGGUGUAGCAGCAGCUACCGAUAACUUUUCUAACGAAAACAAGCUGGGACAAGGUGGAUUUGGCCCUGUCUACAAGGGAAAACUACUAUGUGGCGUAGAAAUUGCAGUGAAGAGACUUUCAAGAAAGUCAGGACAAGGUGUGGAGGAAUUCAAGAAUGAGAUCAAGCUAAUCGCCAAAUUACAACAUAGAAAUCUUGUUAGACUUAUGGGAUGCUGCAUUGAAGGAGAAGAAAAGAUGCUUCUUUACGAGUACAUGGCCAACAGAAGUUUAGAUUCAUUUCUAUUUGAUCCUGUUAAGCAAGCUCAAUUAGACUGGAGGAAACGCUUCAACAUUAUUGAAGGGAUUGCACGAGGGCUAUUGUAUCUCCAUAGAGAUUCGCGACUCAGAAUAAUCCAUAGGGAUUUAAAGGCUAGUAACAUUUUGCUAGAUGAAGAGAUGAACCCGAAAAUUUCAGACUUUGGUAUGGCUAGGAUAUUUGGUGGAAAUGAAAAUGAAGCAAAUACAAAUAGAGUAGUUGGGACAUACGGAUAUAUGGCUCCUGAAUAUGCAAUGGAAGGCUUGUUCUCCGGAAAAUCUGAUGUUUAUAGCUUUGGUGUACUAUUACUGGAGAUCAUCUGUGGACGGAGGAACACAAGCUUUCGUUCAAAUGAACACUCUGGCAUUAUUGGUUAUGCAUGGCAGAAGUGGGAUGAAGGUACACCAAUGGACUUAGUAGACCGUUCUAUUUGGGACGAGUGUAAACAUGAUGAAGCAUUGAGAUGUAUACAGUUAGCACUAAUUUGUGUACAAGACAUGGCAGUUCACAGACCGAGCAUAUCAUCCAUCGUGUUAAUGUUGGAGACGGACAAUAUACGAUUGCCCUUGCCUAGGCAACCUACAUAUACCUCAAUGAGAAAACAUGAAGAUGCAGAAACAUGGAAUGAGAAGCAGGAUUUUUCUGCAAACAAUGUCACAAUUAGUGUUAUAGUUGGUAGAUGA